AUGCAUUUCAAUACGAUUUUCCUCGCCGCUGUUUUGGUCAUGUCGGCAUCCGCUGUCCCAUUGAAGAAGGACGGCGAAGUUGCGGCAAGCGUCGUCAUGGAACGAGAUGUUAUGGAUGAGGGGAAGCGAGCUGUUGCUGACAAGGAAACUGAGGAAGUCGACGCGGGACUCUUCACUGCGCUGGACGGCGUUUGGCAAAGCUACGGCUACGAUGAGUAG